AUGCCCCCUUUCAUUCCCUCUAAACGCCAGUCCUCUGAGGAUCCUCCCCCUGCUCAACGCCAUGCCGCUGCCGCGACCACGACCGCCUCGAGCGAAUCUAUAACACCGAACUCCGACUCUUCCCUAACCCCCGUCCCCACCGAUGUUGACAAUGCCAUAACUGAAGAAAACAAGGAGGACUUAUCUGACUCCGAUGAUGCCGACUCAGAUGAGGUCGAUUGGGAAGACGCGAUCCAUUCCGCCGCCCCCGCCACAAGUUUUGUCUCCCCCCAGGAAAACCUGGAGUUGACCCUAGAUCGGAAUGAGGUGCAUCUAGAGGACAUCCUGCAAGGUCAAAAAGCACCGUCGAAGAUUGAACGCCAAAUCCGAAUUCUAAUCCACCGCCUCCAUGUGCAGUGUCUAUUUGCCCAUAACGUAGUACGCAACGACUGGGCUAACGACUCGAAAUGCCAUGAAACCCUUCGACAGAAACUUCCACCUGCUAUUCAAAAGGAAGUGCAGAAAUGGCGUCGGGCAUCUGGGCUCGAGCCGCCAGAGCCGCCAAAAGAGCCGCCUUUGAAAAAGGGGAAGAAGGGGAAGCAGAAUAAACGCAAGGCAUCGUCGCAACAACGCGAUUGGGGAGAUGACUCGUCGCGGCAAGAACCCAGACAGCCUGAUUUGAGCAAUGGCGAUCCCAUAAUCCAUUUGAUGCGUAUUCUUGCUGCAUACUGGAAGAGCAAGUUCAAAAUCACCGCACCGGGGCUCCGAAAACAUGGCUACCGGCCCAUGGCUCAAUUACAGACGCAAAUAGCCUCAUUCCACCAUGAUGAGCACGAUCCGGAAUUGUACGGGGAGCGGAUUUCCAACGUUGAAGGGUUCCGGCAGGCUGCUGAGCGUAUGGAAGGCUCUCGCGAUCUUGGUGCACAACUCUUUACUACACUACUUCGCGCGCUUUCGAUUGAAGCUCGACUUGUCGCUAGUCUACAACCGUUGGGAUUCGGAUGGACCAAAGCGGAAUCCUACACUGCUUCGAAGUCAAAUGGAAAGCCUCAAGACACGCCAAAGGCAGAAUCAAACGGUGGUGGGUUUUUAGAUAGUGACAGCGAUGAUGAGGACGACGAAGAUGCCCAAUCCUCCUCGCGCAACCGCAAAUCUAUACAACGGCCCGACAACGAUCUCCUGUUUCCCAUCUACUGGACCGAAGUAGCAUCUCCAAUUACGCACCAAAUUAUCUCCGUCGACCCACUGGUACUUCCCAAUGCGGUGGCAGCUACCCAAGAGCUCCAAGCUGCCUGGGAACCGCGCGGCGCCAAAGCUGAGAAGGCCAAGCAGGUAAUAUGCUACGUCAUUGCCUUCUCAGCUGAUAGAACUGCCAAAGAGGUCACCACUAGAUAUCUUCGCCGACGAACUUGGCCUGGGAAGACCAAGGGUUUCCGGCUGGGAAAGAAAGGACCCGAUGACGAUCCCUUGGACUGGUUUCGCUGUCUUCUUCGCAACUACGAACGUUCAUACAAGGAUCGCACCGCCGUUGAUGAUAUAGAAGAUGCCAAAGAUCUAGCUCCCAAUCGACCGACAAAAGCUAAACCAAAAAACGAGACCGUUGAUACUCUACAGAGUCUUCGCACAUCCACCGAGUUCGUACUAGAACGCUUCCUCCGCCGCGAAGAAGCCCUCCGACCAGGGGCCCAGGCUGUCCGCACGUUCACCCCAGGUGGGAAGAACAAGGCUAAGGGUAAGGGCACCGCAACCGCAGCUGAGAACCCCAAAGCCGAAAACGUGUACCGUCGCUCCGAUGUAGUCAAAUGCCAAACCGCUGAGAGUUGGCACAAAGAAGGCCGCGAGCCGCGAGCUUCCGCAAUACCUCUCAAGCGUGUCCCCAUUCGUGCCGUGACUCUACUCCGCAAGCGCGAAGUCGACGAACAAGCCCGGAGAACAGGCCAAAAGCCCCUUCAGGGUCUCUACUCCUUCGAACAGACCCAGGAAAUAAUCCCUCCACCCAUUGUUGACGGGAUGAUCCCCAAAAACGACUACGGCAACAUCGACUGCUUUGUGCCGCGCAUGGUCCCCAGAGGCGCAGUGCACAUUCCAUUCCCAGGAACCGCCCGAAUCUGCAAAAAGCUCGGGAUCGACUACGCCGAAGCAGUCACAGGGUUCGAAUUCGGCUCUCAAAUGGCCGUCCCCGUUAUCGAGGGCGUCGUCGUAGCAGCCGAGAAUAAAGAUCUCGUAAAGGAUGCGUGGCGCGCAGAUAACGAGGAGAAACGUCGCAAGGAGCAACGAAAAGCUGAAGCAAAGAUCUUGCAAACAUGGCGCAAGUUCUUGUUUGGUAUGCGCAUUGCCGAGCGUGUGAGGGAGGAGUAUGCUGAAGAUGAGGAUGGCCACUUGCCUGACGCUUAUAAUCCAUUUGCGAGCCGGAGGACAGCAGCACAAGCGUCGACAUCGGCGGGGCCAGGGACCCCAGGGCAUCCGGCGGGAUUCAUAGAUGAAGAAGAGGCUGCUGAUCGUGGCGGCGGAUUCCUUCUUGGUGGGGAUGAUGAUGCUGACGAUGGAGACUUGAUUGUGGAAGAAAGACAGCCUCCGCUCCGACGGGUUCCGAACAUUUCUAUAGAAGAAUCGCCUGCCUCUGGUGACGAAUUGUCGGAGGAGGAAGAGGAGGAAGAAUAUGUUGAAGAGGCACCCCCUCCCCCGCAAAAGCGCAGGCGCACUCGGAAUACAAAGGGCACGUAA